AGGAAUCCGAAAUCAUGACAGACUCUAAAUACUUCACCACCAAUAAAAAAGGGGAAAUUUUUGAACUGAAAGCUGAACUCAACAAUGAAAAAAAAGAGAAGAGGAAGGAAGCAGUGAAAAAAGUCAUUGCGGCCAUGACGGUGGGGAAGGAUGUCAGUUCCCUUUUCCCUGAUGUAGUGAAUUGCAUGCAGACAGAUAACUUGGAGCUAAAGAAGCUGGUGUAUCUCUACUUGAUGAACUAUGCCAAAAGUCAGCCAGAUAUGGCCAUCAUGGCUGUGAACAGUUUUGUGAAAGACUGUGAGGAUCCCAACCCUCUCAUCCGUGCUCUAGCCGUGCGUACCAUGGGAUGUAUUCGUGUGGACAAGAUCACUGAAUACCUGUGUGAACCUCUCAGGAAGUGUCUGAAGGAUGAAGACCCGUAUGUGCGCAAGACCGCUGCUGUCUGUGUGGCCAAACUGCAUGACAUCAAUGCCCAAAUGGUGGAGGAUCAGGGCUUUCUGGAUUCAUUGCGUGAUCUCAUUGCAGACUCUAAUCCCAUGGUUGUGGCCAAUGCUGUUGCUGCCUUGUCUGAAAUUAGCGAAUCUCACCCCAAUAGCAAUCUGCUAGACCUGAACCCUCAGAACAUCAACAAGCUACUCACCGCUUUAAAUGAAUGCACGGAGUGGGGGCAGAUAUUCAUCCUGGACUGCCUUUCCAACUACAACCCAAAGGAUGACCGUGAAGCCCAAAGCAUAUGCGAACGGGUGACGCCUCGCCUCUCUCAUGCCAACUCCGCUGUUGUGCUUUCGGCUGUCAAAGUCCUAAUGAAGUUCCUAGAGCUCCUUCCCAAGGAUUCUGACUAUUAUAACAUGUUGCUGAAGAAACUGGCCCCUCCACUGGUCACCUUGCUGUCCGGCGAGCCGGAAGUCCAAUAUGUUGCUUUGAGGAACAUCAACUUGAUUGUGCAGAAAAGGCCUGAAAUCCUGAAGCAAGAGAUCAAGGUGUUUUUUGUGAAAUACAAUGACCCCAUCUACGUGAAGCUGGAGAAACUCGAUAUCAUGAUUCGCUUAGCAUCCCAGGCCAACAUUGCUCAGGUUUUAGCAGAACUGAAGGAGUACGCCACAGAAGUGGAUGUGGACUUUGUCCGCAAAGCUGUCCGUGCCAUUGGACGAUGUGCCAUCAAAGUUGAACAAUCUGCUGAGCGCUGCGUGAGCACACUUCUGGAUCUCAUCCAGACCAAGGUCAACUAUGUAGUGCAGGAAGCCAUCGUGGUCAUCCGAGACAUCUUCCGCAAGUAUCCCAACAAGUAUGAGAGUAUCAUUGCCACACUUUGUGAAAACCUUGAUUCUCUGGAUGAGCCAGAUGCCCGAGCAGCUAUGAUCUGGAUUGUGGGCGAAUAUGCAGAGAGAAUUGACAAUGCAGACGAGCUCUUGGAGAGCUUUCUGGAAGGCUUCCAUGAUGAAAGCACUCAGGUGCAGCUCACUUUGUUGACUGCCAUUGUAAAGCUAUUUUUGAAGAAGCCAUCCGAAACACAGGAAUUGGUCCAGCAAGUGCUGAGUCUUGCUACACAGGAUUCUGACAACCCAGACCUACGUGAUCGUGGCUACAUUUACUGGCGACUCCUCUCCACAGACCCUGUCACUGCCAAAGAGGUGGUUUUGUCAGAGAAGCCCCUGAUCUCUGAAGAGACAGACUUGAUUGAGCCCACUCUGCUGGAUGAGCUCAUUUGCCACAUUGGCUCGUUGGCAUCAGUGUAUCACAAACCACCCAAUGCCUUUGUGGAAGGCAGCCAUGGAAUCCACCGCAAACACCUGCCCAUCCAUCACGGAAGUACUGAUGCAGGAGACAGCCCUGUGGGAAACAUGAGUGCUACAAACCUGGAGCAAACUCAGGUGAUUCCGUCCCAAGGAGAUCUCUUGGGUGACCUCUUGAACCUUGAUCUGGGGCCUCCAGUGAAUGUUCCCCAAGUGUCUUCCAUGCAGAUGGGUGCUGUGGACCUUUUAGGAGGUGGACUUGAUAGCCUGCUUGGCAGUGACCUUGGCGGGGGAAUUGGAGGCAGCCCAGCAGUGGGGCAGACCUUCAUCCCAUCAUCAGUCCCAGCAACAUUUGCUCCCUCACCUACCCCAGCUGCAGUCAGCAGUGGACUGAAUGACCUCUUUGAACUCUCUUCCGGCAUCGGCAUGGCACCUGGUGGAUAUGUGGCUCCCAAGUCGGUCUGGUUGCCGGCUGUGAAAGCCAAAGGCCUGGAAAUUUCUGGAACCUUUGGCCAUCGGCAAGGACAUAUCUACAUGGAUAUGAGUUUCAUCAACAAGGCUCUUCAACACAUGAGUGACUUUGCCAUUCAGUUCAACAAGAACAGCUUUGGAGUCAUCCCCAGCACCCCACUGGCCAUUCACACUCCUCUGAUGCCAAAUCAAAGCAUUGAUGUUUCGCUUCCUCUCAACACUUUGGGCCCAGUCAUGAAAAUGGAACCUCUGAACAAUCUUCAGGUGGCUGUAAAGAACAACAUUGAUGUUUUUUACUUCAGCUGUCUUAUUCCCCUCAAUGUGCUUUUCGUAGAAGAUGGCAAAAUGGAACGCCAAGUUUUCCUCGCAACAUGGAAAGACAUCCCAAAUGAAAAUGAACUUCAGUUCCAAAUUAAAGAAUGUCAUCUGAAUGCUGAUACGGUUUCCAGUAAGCUCCAGAACAACAACAUAUAUACCAUAGCCAAGAGAAAUGUGGAAGGCCAGGACAUGCUGUACCAGUCCCUGAAGCUUACCAAUGGCAUCUGGAUACUGGCCGAACUACGCAUUCAACCUGGCAAUCCCAACUAUACGCUGUCUCUGAAGUGCCGAGCCCCUGAAGUGUCCCAGUACGUCUACCAAGUCUAUGAUGCCAUUUUGAAAAACUGAUCUCUCAAACCACCACUGCCAGCACCUCACCACAUGGGAAUGGGAGCGGGGCUAACUCCACAUCUACUGCCACCGCCCAUGUGUUGGUGUAGGCCAAGAACAUUCCUUCCCUCGAUCUGGGAAAAGCAGCUCUGUGUUGUGUCCGAGACCUCAGCUCCAGAUGCUGAGGCUAAACCAAGGUAGCAAGUAGUGUCCACGUGCCGGUAACAGUAGGGGAUGUUGCAUUUGAUACUUUUAGCAUCUGUGAGAAUUUUGUAACCACUCCGCAUCAGCUGUUUUUGCAGUCCUGUGCCAUGUCUGUCUCGUUUGUUCCUGUGGCUUCUUCAUCUCGUGCCAUUGCUUUGCAUUUUCUAAACCACCGUUGGCCUCUGGUUAAUAUUUUGUAAUAUGCUUCUUCGUUUUAAUAAAUGCACACACACACACAC